AUGACUGCACUAAUGAUCUCUACAUGCUUCACAUUCCCUGUGCUGACCUAUCCAUUCUUUAGACAACAGGCACAUGUCUUCCUCAUCAGCCCAACAACCUCCAUCGCCAACCCCACCCUCUCCACCAUCGUCACAACCCCACCCCCUCCAGCAUUGCACCACCCAAACCCCUCCACCAUCGUCACCAAUCCACCAUCGUCACCAAUCCACCCCCCUCCACCAGCGCCAACAUCCCCACCCCUCCACCACCCCACCCCCUCCACCAUCGUCAAUACCCCACCCCCUCAACCAUCGUCACCACCCCUGCCCACCCCCUUCACCAUCGAAGAUGCUCUCUAUCUGCCCCGCCACAACUCGGAACACGACCCCAUCCAGAUCUGGGUGUGUCCAAUCUGGCUGCUACAGCUGCCCUGUUACAGACAACAGACAGACAUCCCCGUCCUCAUCGCCCUGAUGUAUGACUCAAGACAAUGA